AUGCAUGGCGAAGAUCCAGACGUAUAUGUAAUGCGGUUUCUCCGCGCUAGAAAGUGGGUGCCCGAAGAUGCAGUCAAUAUGCUGGUCAAUAUGUUGCGAUGGAGGGCUUCUUUUGGAGUUCGUCAGAUUUUGCUAGAGGCAGAAGGUCCUUUGCACAAGUCUGAGAUGAAACGCUGCCAGAGUUACUUUUGUGGUACUGAUAAAGAAGGUCGCAUUUGCUGCUUUGUUCAUGCCAACCGACACAAUACAUCAGAUCUUGUACGUAACUUGUCAGAAAAACUAAUAGUCUUGACCAUGGAGUCGGCGUGCAUGAUACUUCAGCAACCUGAAUUUAAAAGUACCACUGCAACCAUGCUAGUUGAUUUGAGAGAUGCUGGAAUUCAGCACCAAGAUUCAAUUGCAACCCGUUUUAUGCUAAAUGUCAUGCAAAACUAUUAUCCAGAACGUUUAGGCCGAGCCUUGAUUAUUUCUGCCCCUUGGAUUUUUUCAGGGUUUUGGCAACUCAUUAAACCAUGGUUAGAUCCAGUCGUGCAAGCCAAAGUUGUUUUUGUUUCCAGAGAAGAGGUAUCCCAGUAUGUGGAUAUAUCACAGACGGUUAAGCAUCUAGGUGGAGAGAUGCGUGAUUUUGUAUACACUGAUGCUCCUGAAUCCGAACUAAACGGCAUCACAAAGCUUCGUUCAGAAAUGAGUCAGACAGAACGGGAUGAUAUUUGGGCAAGUUUCAAGCAGGGACUAGAUGAAUAUGUUGCUACUACUUUAGCAUGGUGUAAAGGAACAGACGGCGUGGAUAAUGGUGCUCGUUUAAUUGCAGCUAAAAGGAUUCAAAGCGAUUAUGUACGCUUGACUCCAAUUGUACGUGCACCCACCAACUAUCACCGAAUGGGAAUCCAUAGAGAUGAAGCAUUUAAAAGUAUUGUUACCCUUGUGUAG